GAGAGAAACGAAAUCUGAUGCCAAUGACCAAGCGGAGCCACCAUUUGACGGAACUCGGCUGCAUCGCCGGCGAAGAUUUGACGGAAUUCGGUGCCGGAAAGGAAGGUUGGCUAACCCCUGACGCCGGGACCACCGUCAUAUGUGCUCUCGACGCCCAUUCCCUUGCAAUCGCUAACCGAUCUAUUGUUCUCAUCCUCGGAUGGUCCGAUCAAGAUAAACAUCGAGUUCAGAUCCGAACGGAACUCUCGCCUAUCGAGGCAGAACGCAUAACGGCCAUCGAGUGGCUGGUUUUUGACGAUAUUAAAGUAAUUGCGGUCGGUACCUCCAGAGGAUUCCUUUUGAUUUACUCUUUGCGUGGUGAUUUGAUUCACAGACAGAUGGUAUAUCACAGACAAAUCAUAAAGUUAAGAGUUUGUGGGACUAAGAAAGACCUGAUGCAAGAGGGAUCCUCAGAGGAAGUUUGUGUUGUCAUGCCUGGUGUAAUCGCUCGUUUUGAUGGGUCUGAUAUUCAGAGUAUGCUUCAAAGGUGGUUUCAAGAUGCACAUUCUCGUUUUUGGGAUGAGAAAUCGAAGAAAGAUUUAGAUGACGACGAAAACUCUUAUGGCAGAUUGCCUUACCAGUUAUGGAAUGUUAGUAAGUAUGGGUCAUGUGUUGAUGCAGCAAUCACUGGCAUAAUGCCUCCUCCACUCAUGGAACUCCAGUCAAGUCAACGUUACUAUUGUGCAGUCACCAUUGGAGAUGAUGCUGUGAUCUCAGCUUUCAGGCUUUCAGCAGAUAGGAAACGUUCCUUGGUAGGAGCUAUUUUGUCAAAAGUUAUGCCUGCAACAUUUUCCACUAUUGCUUCUUUCUCUAAAAUGAUAUGGCAGAGUCAACCGACACCAAACAAGAAACCAGAAGAGAAUAACGGAUGUCAUGAUUUUGUGCCAGCUUCCUCAUUGACAUGCUUGAAGGACCACCCGAGAAAGGGUGAAAAGCUCACCUUAUCACCCAGUGGCACUUUGGCUGCUAUCACAGAUUCACUCGGUCGUAUAUUGCUCUUAGAUACUCAAGCACUUGUAGUAGUGCGACUAUGGAAGGGAUAUCGUGAUGCAAACUGCUUUUUCAUGGAAAUGUUAGUCAAUAGAGAUGAUAAACGUCCUAGUUCCUCUCAUCACAUACCAGGAAAGAGUGACUAUUGCCUCUGUUUAGCCAUUCAUGCGCCCCGAAAAGGAGUUAUUGAGGUCUGGCAGAUGAGGACCGGACCACGUCUCCUAGCUCUUAACUGUGCUAAAGGUUGCAGAUUGUUACAGCCGACGUACAGGUUUGGGUCAUUAUCAGACUCCCCCUAUGUUCCUCUGGAAGUCUUUUUGUUGGAUGGAGAUUCGGGUCAAUUGUCAGUGUUGAACCGUUUACUUAAUUGAAAAAUUUACAUAGAAUGCUCAAUCGUUGUUCUGAAUUUGAUUUCUUUGCCUACAACAUUGUUUCUG